UUGGGUAGAAUCGGGUGACGUUAGGUUUCAGGAAUACGGAAGUGCCCGUCGCUCAGGGUUAGCGCGCAUUUUCAAAGUGAUUUCACGAAAUGGAUGAAAAUCAAACCAAGUCCAAACUGAAACGGAGGAAAUCGAGUGUGGAGAAGCCGCAGGCGGAGUCAUGUUCCCGGGACAGAGAGAGAAGCAUGGACAUUACAGAGGAGAGCUGUGGGUCAGUGGAUCCUGCAGCGGCGUGGUGGAGCAGAGAGGAGCUGCCUGCAGUGGAGAGUCUGUGGGCGAUCACACUGAAGUCUGCUCUGCCCUACCUGCAGGACCAGCACUGGCACCUGGUCCCUGAUCUUCCAAAUCCGUCUGCAGCGAGACCUGCAGCACAACCGUUAGGUGAACAAUGGUGGUGUGACGUCAGAGAAGAGGUGGCCCCUCUCCCCGAACCCGCUCCACCUUCUCCGAGGACUUUGUCGAGUCCAGAUCCUCUCGGACGCUGCUCCCCUCAGAAGGAUGUCUCAGUACACACCAAACCUGCAGCGCACACCUCUGACACACAGUUCUUCUCUCACAGCAUUGGCAGAACAGCACCUCAAGCCCUCGGCAAAAGACAGUGGUCAUCCCUCCACAGCCGAGAGGAAGCGGCAUCAUCAGCAGGAUGCUCAAGUGUUAGGGGAGAAGAGGGGGGGGGAGGAGGAGAGCAAGAUGAAGCAGUUGGACUGGUGAAAAGACAGCUUCUCACAAACCAGGUGAAGGAGAGAGUAAAUGAAGAGGAGGUGGUGAUGGAUAAAGAGGAAGAGGAGGAGCUGGGGACUGUCAGAGGAGAUGGAGGAGCUGCAGGAGGAGGAGGAGGAGGAGGAGGAAGGCUGCAGAGCUGCCCCAUGUGCCUGAUUGUAUUUCAUGUUGGGUUCACACAGAUGGACUGUGACAGCCACCUGGCCCAGUGUCUGUCGGAGAUGAACGUGGACAUGACCUGGUGAGCCCACAGGUGGCUGCGCUGGCUGCCGUCCAGGAGCUGCGAGCAACCCAGAUGCCCCACGCUCUACAGGAUCCCGCUGUACGGUGGACACACCCAGAGCACAGGGAGCGCUCAUAUUCAGUGAUGUUCUGACACCUUACACAGGCCCCACCCUGACAGAGGCACUCCUGCUGGGACACAAACAGCAUUCGUAUGUUACAGAAGAGGGGUCUUUUUGAGAAAUUUCCAUCUGGCUUUGGUCACAAUGACUCUGACUGCACCUCUCAGAGGACCCUGCUGUCAUAUUUCAUUUACCCUCUUGAGACACUAGUUCCCACUAAAUUUGGCUCCACUUGAUCGUUUCCACUUGCCCCCUGGUACCUUUGAUUCCAGCCAGUCCAGUCCUCCAAACUUAAAUGACAAUUCGACCUGUCAUCCUCUGAACCAGGUCACAUCCUCCCCAGAGAGCUACUUCAUAAGUCCACAUUCGACUGAUUGAAAGACGCAGUUGUUUUUUCAGACAAAACACAUUUGAAUUAUAACUGCAUACAAAUAACCACUGACUAAUAUUAAGCCCAAAAAGUUACAGACAUGAACUGCGGAGGGUGUCUGGAGAAUUGGGUCCGGACUUUGCCUUUCACACAUGAACAACACCGCAGGAGAUUGUCCACCCUGACGCGUUCACAGAAAUCUCUAGAGUGUUCAGGUGAGGGGUGGAGCAGCAGGCAGAGGCAGGAUGGAACGCCAGCGUCGGCUCUUAUCACCAAAAAUUCUUAUGACAUCUAUGUGUAUGGCACCGCUUUUU